GCUGAUAGUAAACUCUAUUAGGGUCUGUCAGCGGAGUAAUUUCCACCGAGACCCGACCGCAGCCUUACACCUGGGAGCCAGACACAAGACUGAAAAAUGCAAACCGACGCUGAUAUCCAACCGCUCGCAGGAUUUCAAAAUCAGCUUCACAUUAGGAAUUCCUCCUGUGAGAACGAACUUGAAGAACUGAUGCACCAAAUUGACAUCAUGGUGAGUCACAGGAAAGUGGAAUGGGAGAAGCACGUGAAGGUUCUAGAGCAGAAGCUGGAAGCCCAGGAUCGAGAGCUGACAGAAGCCAGGAACCUUGUAGAUGAGAAGAACCACGAGAUCGGAAUUCUCUGCAAGAAACUGGAAGGAGUGGAUACGGCUCAGCAUGAAAUGGCGCAGAACUAUGAAAGGCAACUCCAAGCCCUAAAAUUUCAGCUGUGUAAAUUGAAGAAAAGUUAUGAAAAACUCCAUUUCCACCAAGAGAAGCACCAAAAGAAUGAGAAUGCAGCGCAGGAGAGGAGCCGCUGUGAGCUCCAAUGGCUGACUCAGAAGAUAGAGGAGUUUAAAGCCAGAUCCAGAGAGUGGGAGAAACAGCGAGUGUUUUAUCAGGAUCAGCUGAAGUCUCUGGACGAGCAGAGGAAAACUCUAGCAGAGAAAUGUCAACUUUUUCAGAAGGAGUCGCUGAGCUAUCAGGAGCAGCUUUCCAGCCAGAAGCAGCUGCAGAGUGAAGCAAUUACCAAUAACCAGUCUGAAAUGCGACGACUGCGGUGCCUGCUUGAUACUUCCCAGGAGACCAUCAGGAGUGACGGGGUCAUCAUAGAAAACCUCAAGUCUACUGUAAAAGAAAUCACAUUAAGCAGGGACUCGCUGAAAGAUGAAAAUCAGCAGCUCUUACAGGAACUAAGGAGAUGUCAAAAGCAGUCCCAGAACAUGGAAGCUCAACUUUAUAAGGCCAAGCUGGAGCUACAGUCAUGCAAUGACCUCCUGAGAGUUCCGGCACUAGAGGAACGACAGGCUCAAAAAGAAACAGCAAACUUGGCGAAUCAGAAGACGGCACAAGGAGAAGAGGCUAGUUUCCAGGUGACAGAUCCACGCAUGAAUUACAUGACAUCUGAGCCGGAACACAAGAGCUUUAAUCUUUCUAAAUCUGAGAAAUAUCAGGCUGAAAAUGAUCUGCACGGAACGGAAGCCAAAAACAGUGACCUGGAACGACUGAGGAAAGAUAUCGGUGACCUGACUGCAAAGCUUAAUCAGAAAGAUGUCACUAUAGCAACCGUCAGCCGGAAAGUUUCUCGCCUGGAGCGAGAGUUGGAACUGAAAGGAGCGCAGAACCGACAGACUUCAAUGCCACUCAGCCAGAAGGAUGUUAUUGCAGAAUUGGAAAGUGAAAUGCCCCAAAUACAUGCAGUUAACAAGGCGCCUCAGACAGACUCAGGGGAAGUUGACCCAUGGAUCAGCAUUAAAUGUGGAGAGCAUGACAAACCCCAGAAGCACAGAUCGUUUCAUGGAGAAAAUAACUCGCUGAAACCAACAAACUACGCAGAUACGAGGAAUCACAGUGUGGGCAGCGAAUGGGAGAGUGAGAAGAGUCUGUGCCCAUGGAAUACUCCCACACUGGGCAGUGCCACAGAUGACGAUUGUGAUUUAGUGGACAAUGAAAAUGAAUGGUUGAGCUUGUACAAUAGUACCCUGUACCCCGGCCUGGAUCUGCCCCCUAUUAGCUAUGCCUGUGAUCAGCUGAAGGAUUCCACUAACUCCUCCCUUGCCGGAUCAUCGUUGAUCUCUGCCGCAGAGAAAUUCCUGCUGGAGGAAACCAGGAGAGCCAGCGACUUCGAGAAGAUCUUGAACUCUCACAUCGAGGAAAUGAAGAGAAACUCAGAAAGCACAGUGAGCAGAUAUCAAAGCCAUGGCCAGAGCAGGCACAUAUGAUACUGAGCCCCAGGGCUAACAAUGAACACCUAAGAAGAUCACACAGAUGAGAUUCCUGAUCCAGUAGGGAACCCGGAUACCCGUGACUGUCCAUAUUCACUAUAGUAUUUAUGCACAAUAGGGCACGCCGCAGGUGCAGUGAGCAAAGUGCAAUAUCAAGUGCAAUCGCCAUGUUUUCUUCCCACAAUGAUCAUUGCAGUCUGUUAAUGCUUAACUGAGCUGUGACAACCGCAAAUGCUUCCGAUCUGGCAAAAUGAUCUCAACUGACCGUGCUUUUCACCACAAAUUGGACACAAUAGCACAGUAGUCCACUUGCUGUUUGUUCAGCAUACACAUGGCAUCUACUCCCGGUUCUUUGGGCGCUGGUGGGCCGCACCUAUAGACUCUGGGCUAAAGGGAACGCCUGGUCAGGAGGUGCAUCUGCAGGGCCCCCCUAUGUCAAUAGGCGCAGCAGAACCUGCGCAACUGAUUGUGGGCAACUGAAUGUAAAUGAGCCCCGUUAUCUACACUCGUUAGUUAAAUUACUUAAGGUCUCCAUACACGGUAAGAUCCGCUCGCUUGGCGAGAUCGCCAAGCGAGCGGAUCUUCCC